AAGACGCACCAGAGCGCACUGCAGGUGCAGCAGAAGGCGGAGGCCAUGCUGCAGGCCAAUCACUACGACACGGACAUGAUCAGGGACUGUGCCGAGAAGGUGGCGUCCCACUGGCAGCAGCUCAUGCUCAAGAUGGAGGACCGCCUCAAGCUCGUGAACGCGUCGGUCGCCUUCUACAAGACCUCCGAGCAGGUCUGCAGCGUCCUCGAGAGCCUGGAGCAGGAGUACAAGAGAGAAGAGGACUGGUGUGGAGGGGCUGACAAGCUGGGCCCCAACUCCGAGACCGACCACGUCACCCCAAUGAUCAGCAAGCAUCUGGAGCAGAAGGAAGCAUUCCUGAAG